AUGGUCUUAGCUGAUCUUGGUCGUCGAAUUAAUGCGGCGUUGGUUCAAAUCAACAAAGAGCCUGUCAUAGAUGCAAAAGUUCUCGAUGCAUUGUUGAAAGAAAUCUGUCAUGCACUUUUGGAAGCCGACGUGAAUGUCCGUUUGGUGGGAAAUUUAAGGAAUAAUGUUAGAACUGCCGUAAACAUUCAGGAUCUAGCGGCAGGAAUAAACAAGAGAAAAGCGGUUCUUGAUGAACUCUGUCGGCUUGUUGAACCUGGAGUUGAGCCAUACAAACCAAGAAAAGACCCCGUUCAAAUAGCUCAUGAAGGUGUAGAUAAAUUCAAAAAGGAAUUUUUUGAAAUAAUCAUUGUAGAUACUUCCGGUAGACAUAAACAGGAGUCCGAGUUAUUUGAGGAAAUGAAACAGAUUUCGUCAGUGGUGAAUCCAGAUAAUACUAUUUUCGUGAUGGAUGCAACGAUCGGUCAAGCCGCCGAAGCUCAAGCCAAAGCGUUUCACGAAGCAGCCGAUAUUGGUUCCAUUAUUAUAACCAAGAUGGACGGUCACGCGAAAGGUGGUGGGGCUAUAUCAGCUGUGGCAGCAACGCAUAGUCCUAUUAUUUUCAUUGGUACUGGGGAACAUAUUCAUGACCUGGAAAGAUUUGAGCCCAGGCGAUUCGUUCAAAAAAUGCUGGGGAUGGGUGAUAUUUCCGGCUUAAUGGAAACUGUGAAAGAUUUAAAAUUAGAUCAGAACAAAAAUUUGAUGAAAAAUUUGGAGCAGGGAAUAUUCACCAUAAGAGACAUGUAUGAGCAGUUCCAAAAUAUAUCAAAGAUGGGACCACUUUCAAAAAUGAUGCAAAUGAUGCCAGGUAUGUCGGAAAUGAAUUUCGAGGGUUCCGAUGAAUUGGGAGCGCAACGAAUAAAAAGGUUGAUGACGAUUAUGGAUAGUAUGAGUGAAUCGGAGCUUGAUUCGGAUGAAGUAGAGGAGCUCUUAGAUCAACAUAAAGUAUUUCAGGGAAUGGUCAAGAAAUUUGGCAAAGGGUUUCUCAAAGGAGGUAUUGGACCAGGAAUGGAUUCUUCGAAAAUGUCACCUCAACAAAUGCAACAAAAAGUGGCUCAAAUGCAAAGGAUGCUCCCCCGUGGUAUGGCCGAUGAAUGGCUUGGGGGGAAGUGGAUUAGGCGGUAUGCCAGAUCUAAGUCAAAUGCAAAAUAUGAUGAAGCAAAUGGGAGGUCGACGAUAAAUUGUACAUUCUAUAUAUAG